GGACCAGAUUCGGAGGAGAAUCACCAAGAGGAUUGGAGUGAGUGGGGACAGGAGGAGUGGGCUGAGGAUGGGGAGGAACAGGAGUGGGAUGAGGAUGGGGGCGAAACGAAAUGUCCGCCCAAGAAGAAGAAGAAGACGAAGACCCCCAAGAUCCUGAAAAGGCCAUCUGCUAUGAUUUCAAAGUCAACGGACGAUACGAAGUGGGAUGGAGACAAGGAGAAGGAGGAAGAGCUCGAGAUCAAAGCUUUCAUCCACGAGUACAAUCGCACCCCGAAAGCCACCCAUAAGAUUAUGGCCUACUGGUCUCGAAGUGGCUUUGGGCUCUUGGUGGUAAACCAGGAGGACACGAACCAGGUGGCCUACUGUGGAUCCUCAAAGGUGGAUGUGAAGUCCAACUUCUUGCCCAUCAAGCAGCUC